AUGGGCUUCCUUCGGCGUCACCGGAGCCUCUUCUUCCCCACCUCCAACGAGGCCGCCGCCGGGGGAUCUGGCAUGGCCGCCCACAGCAGCGGCGCAGCAGCCUCCCUCGACGUGCCUCCCUCACCCAACGAGACCAAGCUCCGCCGCCGCAAGAGUUUCUUCGAGGUACUGGGCUUCGGCAAGAAGCGCGCGUCCAAGCGCCAGUCCAUGUCGGCAGCCGUCAGCAGCAAGGCUGGCCAGCGACCGCGAUCGGCUACCGUGGGCGACUAUCAGCAGCAGAAGAACAAGAGCGACAUCCCUCCCGUCCCUCCCCUGCCGCCAUUACACAAAAAGGUCGGCAACGUCGCCGCGGUGCAGUUAGACGACCUGGAGCUCGACGAUGACCACAUGGCGGCUAUCACGGCCGUUGUUAACAACAGCAGCCGUGACGAGCCUCCCGAGCACUUAUUCUUGAACGUUCCCGGCUCCAACGAGCCUGGAUCGCGUCUGUCCGUCGCGAGCAACGCGAGCAAGCGCGCAUCGACCAUCUCGACCCGCUCAACAAACUCCGUGAACCAGCCCCAGCAGCAGCCGCGAUCAGCAUCUGAUUCGACUCCCAAUGGCCGUCAGAGCCGUCGCUCAUCCCUGCGCAAUAGCCUACUGGUGGUCAAGGACCUUCCUGAGCUGCCCUCCGGUCCCUCCGGCCGCCCUAUCACGCCGACCAGGGCGCGAGCGGCCCCGCCGUCGAGCUACGCACCUCCCCCCGAGUCCAUUGCCCAGCGCCUCGAGGCGGCCAAUGUCACGCCUGAGCCGAGUCUUUCCGCGCCAAGCACCCCCGCGCAGUCUGCGCCCUCGACACCAACUCGGCCACGCGCUGAUCUGGGUGCGGAGGCGCCAAUGCCCGUCAGUGAAGUUACGAAGACUGCCUUAGCAGUGCAACCUGCCGCUGUCGAGCCCGCCGAGCAGCACGUUGAGAAGCCGAUCGAGAUUGAGGAGCCUGUUUCAUUGCAGCCGAUCGCGGCGGAGGAGCCUGCACCGGAACCGAUCGAGGCGCAGCCUCCUGCGGAGGUCACGUCGCCAACCGCGCCGAUCGUCGACACGAACGCGCCCGCCGCUGAAGAGCUUACGCCUGCCCUCGACACGCCUGAGCCUGCACCAGCCACUGAGCCAUCACCCGCCGCGCCCGAAUCCGAAAUCGACCCUAACGAUGUCCCCGAGAUCCCGGAUGAGCCAGUCGUUGCGAAGGUCGAUGUUCCCGCGGCGCCGGAGCAGUCCGCCAGCGACGACACAGUGGAGGUCGUGCAGCCGUCACUGGCGCCCAGCUCUACAGAAACGCCAUCGACGCCGCCUCGUUCGCCUGUCGCGCCAGUCGCCAGCGAGGUCUCGAAGUCCGACGCUCCCGUCGUCCAGACGCCAGAUGAGGAGGUCCCGGGCCAGUCGUGGAGCAGCUCCUCGCACCCUAGCACGCCGAGCAUGCUCCCGCACACGCCAGUCGGGGACGAGACCAAGCCGACAAUCGCAGGCGACGAGAGCCCUCUGCUCACGCCGCAGCGCACCGGCAGUCCGGUAGUGAAGCAGCGCCAAGUCUCCGCACCGCUCGCGCCCGUCACGCCGCUGAUCAAGGAGCCGGACCACCCUUCCGUUCCAACGGAGAAGAAGGAGAAGUACGCGACCCCCGGGGCUCCCGGGGCUUCGAUAGGCAAGGGCGCGCCCCCCGUGUCGCAGAGGUUCAGCCAGCUGCGCAGCGUCUCCCUUCCCACCCCGGCACAGGGACAGCGCCGCCUCUCCGCCCCCUCUUCUCCGGGCAAGAGCGACGAUCCGUCCCUCGACGACUUUGUCGGACUCAUGAAGCAGGUCAUCUCGCGCGAGAAGGGCAUGUCGAUUCGCGACGCGGCGCGCGCGGCAGAGCAGCGCAAGUCGUCUGUACCUGUGUAG